AUGAAAUUUCUUGAUAUUUCGUCUCUCGAUUCUAUAAACACUGCUUUAGUGUUUGAGAACCCUGAAUGUAGGGUGAUAGGUCGAAUAGAAACUUAUUCUUUUGAUAAAAAACUUUAUAAAAAUCUUGAAGGACGAUGGAACGCACAAAUUACUCAAUCGCAGAGUGUAUCGCCCGAACAACAUAGUUUUCAUAAUAUAAUAUCUCCAUUUGGUCCAAUGGAUCAGCCAUCUUCACGAAGAACUUUAUUCAAUUUGAUAGCAACUUUAAACGCGUCUUACCCUGACUAUGAUUUUUCUGAUGUUAAACCUGAUCAAUUCACAAAACAACCAUCGGUUCCGAUGGUUUGCAAUUACAUCAACAAUACUCUCUUUAACCUCGGUCGUGCAUACAUUGUAAAUGAUCUCAACCUAUGGCAAAUAGUUGAUGAUAUAAUUGAAUUAGAUGAAUGCAAUGUUUAUUCGUUUAACCCUGAUGUAGACUCCGAUCCAAAUGCUGAAGAUGGUGCAAUAUGGUCGUUUAAUUUCUUUUUUUACAAUAAGAAACUAAAAAGGAUCUCGUUUUUUACUGUUCGAUGUUUGAGUAUCAACGCACCUUUACAAGAAGAUGAACCAUUAGAUUCUUUUUCGGGUUCUGAGAGUGACAUCAAGUAA